AUGCUUGUUGGAGAAGUUCCGGCUUGGUUGUUUAGCUUAAAGUCAUUGGACACGAUUAACCUCUCAUUCAAUAACUUUAUGGGUAGUGUUAGCCUAUAUCAAGUUUUUUCCAACCUUCCAAAGCUCCGGUCUCUUUUCCUGUCUAAUAGCGGCCUUUCCGUGACCACAACUGAUGGUCCACUAAUCAGAGAAUCGUCGAUAAACUUAUUGGAUCUUUCAUCCAACUCUUUAACCGGAGUUGUUGAAAACAUCCCUUGGGGUACUUUGAAUUAUAUUGAAAUCUCUAAUAAUAGGCUAACAGGACGUCUCCCAAUAAUCUCAUCGCCUUACACCCAAUUCUUUUUAGCCGCGAACAACAACUUUACAGGUCCAAUUGAUUCAUCCAUUUGCAACUUAACAUCACUUUGGGUUCUUGACUUGUCUAACAAUAGUUUGAGUGGAGAUUUCCCACAUUGUCUAGGAAGCUUAAACAGUGGCCUUAAUUUGUUGAAUUUAGGAUCGAAUAACAUUCAUGGAACUCUUCCUACAAAUUUUUCCAAGUGUGAUAACUUGCGAUACCUAGACAUAAGCAGUAAUAGGUUGCAAGGGCAGUUACCUCGAUCUUUGGCACGAUGCACAAAUUUACAAGCUAUCAAUCUUAGAAGUAACGAGCUUAAGGAUGAAUUUCCUUAUUGGUUGCAUACUCUUCCAUUUAUUCGACUCCUCGACUUGAGCUCUAACAGCUUCCACGGUCACAUCAACAAUGUCUCUGGAUUUCAUCCAUAUCCCGCGUUACAGAUUCUUGACCUCUCUAGUAACAACUUCAGCGGUAAGAUACCCACAACAUACAUAAAUAAAUUUCAAGCAAUGACAAGAAUCAUCGAUCACCAUGGUUUCCCACAAUACAUGGAAUCAAAUGUAUCGAUGUUGUGGCCUUACUAUUCUAUUAUUUUGACAUUCAAAGGUGUGCAAUUACCAUAUGAGAAGAUCAUUGAAACGCUCUCUUUUUUUGAUCUGUCAAACAAUGCAUUUGAAGGAGAAAUCCCCGAGUAUGUAGGACAAUUGGUCGCAAUUCAAGGCCUUAAUCUUUCACACAACCGCCUUACAGGGCACAUUCCUCCAUCCAUUGGAUCGUUGUCAUCACUUGACAGUUUGGACCUCUCUUCCAACAUGCUAACUGGUGGCAUUCCUCAUGAACUAGCUAGUUUAACCUUCCUUGAAGUCUUCAAUGUUUCAGAAAACCAGUUGGAAGGGCCUAUACCUCAGGGGAACAACUUCGAUACAUUCUCAUCCGAUUCAUACAAGGGGAAUCUUGCAUUGUGUGGGGAUCCGUUGCCCGAGUGUGGAGGAAGUAGCGCGCCAUUCAUACUGGUUAUGUAUGGACUCUGGACGACCAGAGUUACUACCACAUUCGCUUUAUUUUCACUUAUUUUAAAAGUGCAUGUGAAUACGAAACUAUGAUAUGUCCAAUAAAAACCUUUUAAA